GAGUGUUAUAGCUAGCGUGGCCGGCCAACAUCAACAACAACAUAAGUUGUUUCAUUUCAUCCUCGUUUUGACACGUGGAUCCCUCCCAUUUUAACAAGACGGCGGCCGUCCAUUCUACACAACCAAAAAACUUUCCACAUCACAAUCAUAUCAUAUAACCUCUUUCCCUCACCAUUAAGCCAACCACAACACUCCAAUUUAAACCAAACUUUUUAACCUUCACACUAUAUAUAUAGAUAAUAGAUACAUAAUUGUAAUUCUCCUAAUUAACUAAGGUACUGGAGUAUAUCUAUAUCUCUCACUCCAAACAAAACAAACUCAACAAAUUUCUUCUUUAUCAUAAUGGCCUGGACUAGAGGUGGAAUCAUCGGCCGGGGCUCAACCGCCACUGUCUACCUCGCGGAGCAUCGCUAUUCGGACCAAGUGUUUGCUGUGAAAUCUACGGAGCUUCACCGCUCGGAGUUUCUGAAGAAAGAACAAGAGAUUCUCUCGAAGGUUAAGUGUCCACAAAUUGUUGACUACCGAGGUUGUGAUGUCACGUUUGAAAACGGUGUUCAUUUGUUUAAUUUGUUUAUGGAGUAUGCGUCUAAGGGAACACUAGCUGAUGCGGUUCGGAAUGGAAAUGGAAUGGAAGAAGCUUUGGUGGGAUUCUACGCGCGACAAAUUCUACUUGGACUUAAUUACCUUCAUUCGAAUGGUAUAGUGCAUUGUGAUUUGAAGGGACAGAAUGUGUUGUUGAUGGAACAAGGUGUGAAGAUUGCUGAUUUUGGUUGUGCUCGGAGGGUGGAGGAGGAGUUGGUGAUUUCUGGUUCACCGGCUUUCAUGGCUCCGGAGGUGGCGCGUGGGGAGGAACAGGGGUUUCCUGCGGAUGUAUGGGCUUUGGGAUGUACUGUGUUGGAGAUGAUCACAGGGAAAAUGCCGUGGCAGGGUGUUUCUGAUCCGGCCGCGGUUUUGUAUCGGGUUGGAUUCUCCGGUGAUGUGCCGGAGAUUCCUAAUUUUGUGUCGGAACAGGGGAGGAAUUUUUUGAGGAAGUGUUUGACGAGAGAUCCAAAUGAGAGGUGGUCGGUGGUUGAGCUUCUCGGACAUGAGUUUGUUGGGAAGUUUAAGGAAUCUGUGUCUGAUUCGGAAACACCGACGACUGUGUUGGAAGGAGGUUUUUGGGAUUGGGACUCUUUGGAAACAACUCAUGAUGUAGGUUCCACGUCUGAUUGUUGUUCCUCGAAUUCUUCGAGUCAUUCUUCCAGUCCACGAGUCAGAAUUCUAGGAUUGUGUGCAAAUGAGACCGUUUGGGAAUUUGAUGAUGAUGAUGAUGAAUGGAUCACUGUGAGAAGCAAUGGACAGGAUUUGGAUGCAAUGUCUUUUGAAAAAAUGGAAGAGUAUGAACCAGACAUUGUUCUUGAAUUUCGUGAUCAUGUGACUGAUUUGACUUUGAUAGUUUUUUAUGAACCAAAAAUUGUAGUUGAAUUGAGUACAUGGAAUGUCAUUUUUGAUUAUUGGUGUUUUAGAAGCUACAAUUGUGGCUGUUAUGUUAGUGAUUUUUUAUCAGUUUUUCAAACCAGAAAGAUUGUUCUCUAUGUAAUAAUUGAUUCUCAGAAGAAGAACAAAGAAAUUUUUAUCAUGCCCUGCUUUCUACUUUUUGCUUUCUCUUUAAUUUCUCAUUGGAAAGAUAAAUUGAAUAUUUUACAAUAUAAAAUGAGAUAA